CCUGCACGACAACAUUAUACUCUUUUAUAUCUAAACAUGUUCUCCUACGAGCAAUAUCUAAAUAUAUAUUUCCGUUGCAGAUAAUAUGCAUGUACGUGUGUUUUUCCGCACUUUUAGAUUUUGACAUGUCACAUCGGAGCAGAAAAACAGCUUAACUAGCUGAAUUGUUCAACAACUCUGGUAAUCAGUUCUAUUGACGGUAGUUAAAGAUGAUUGCUUGAUAUAUUACUAGGAUUUUACGUAUAGGAACCCCUCGUAAAUCAUUACAUUGCAGAUUGCAAUUUGCAGUGAUACGGGACGCAAGUCGCGCAUGGUAACGUACUGAAUAAAGUAUGAACAAGGAAAAUGGAGAAUGUAGCGUCUUCUGUAUUGGUAAAAUCAGGAGGAUAAAAGCAAAUGUUUCUCAGAUAUGAAAAAAAAUCAAAAUUCAAAGAUUAGAUUGUCAACAUUGAAAGGUGAAGCGAUUGUAGGAUACGAUAAACGUAAUUCAGACAACAUGUUUUGGAUGAACUCUCUUAUCUCAGAUAUCAGACGUUUGCUUGAGUGUGAGUUAUUGUCAGAAGAUAGAAACCAAUCGUUCAAAUUUGUUCAAGUAACGAAGUUGAUGAUAAGCCGUGACAAUGCUCAUUUUUCUCAUUGCCGAAGAGAUCUCAAAAGAUUUGGAACUUUCUCUCAGCUCUUUUGUUUUAAAUCAAAGAUUUGCUGUUGAAAUUUUUCGAACACAACGAACAUCCUCUUUGGUUUUAUACGUAUCUCGUCGUAAGUUGGUAUUUAAAUUGUUUACCACUGAAGAAAAUCUGAGAAAAGUGACUCGAAAUAUUUAGCAAUCGUUAUUAACGUUAUUUACGUACUUGUCAAUAUUUGCGAUCUGAAUCUUUACUGGCUAGUCUAUGGAGAGAAACACAAGAAUAUUCAUCAUCAAAUGUUUAUUGUUAAUUAAAUAUUACCAAAUUAAUCCUUCUAUUUUAACUUGGAAACAAUUUUCUUUGCAGAAACGUGAGAGAGAGAGGAUUCAGUAGUUUUGAAACGUGCAAAGCUGUGUUUUCUGCAAAAUCGAUUUAAAAUUAGCAUUAGCCAAGGUCACGACGAAAGUAAAUACUCUUUCUUAGUUCUGCGCUAUUUAACAUUCCGAAUAAGAUAAAGACCGGAUACAUUGAAAGAUCAGCGCUCUAAACUACAGAUACUGUGUCAAGAGUAUAUCUGUCAACGAUGAAAAGUUCUUGCGCUGAGAGAGUUAAAAAUAUACGUUCCUCUUUCGUAAAUACGUUAAUUUCUUUGUUGCUUCGCAGAGAGGGAUUUAAGGUUCGCGGGCCGAACGGCGAAGCCAGCUGGAGCCGACAUGAAUUUAUCGAUUUUGCCACGGUCCACGCAGCAUCCGCGGUAGAGCGGCAUGCUCCCGCGUAUAGAUUCUCGUCACCCAUUAUGCGAACUACACGAAGCUGACGAGAAGGCACGAAGUAGUAUAAAUACCGUUCAGCAGCUGCCGGAGUGAGGUCCGCCCGCUCAACGCACGGUGGUACUUGUUAACGAGCAUUUCCGUCCGAGACGAGAGAGCACGGUUGCGAGGGCUACUCUGCAGCAACGUCGUCUCUGCCGAAGGGAUGGAGCCGUACUGCUCGCUGAUACGCGCUGAUAGCGUUCACCCAGUGAAAAAGAGCCGAGAGUCUCGUGGGGGCGCGAGUUGCUCGAGCGGCCGCUUCUGCUCAGAGAAAGAGAGAGGGAGAGAAAGAGAGAGAGAGAGAGAGAGAGAGAUAGGUAGAUACUCCUCUCGUAUAAUAUCGCCGCUCCUCGUCGUAGGGAUUUACGAUCGGUCUAAUUUCAGACCGCCGAAUAUCACGAGUAUCAAUAUUCCAUCCGAUAUCGCGCGGAAAAAAAAAAGAGAAUUUCAGCACGUAUACUUACCUGGUAGAGCCGCGAUCCGUGAAAGGUAUAUCGAAGGUGAAAAAGGAAAAAGGAAAGGAACGUCGGUCUUUUUUCGCGAUGCUCCGACUGCGAAAGCAGUCGCUGAUUAAUGCGAGGUAUCAAAUUGUCCUUGCUUGCACAACCGUCUGUCCGUGUAUCUGUCUCGAUCGUCAAACGAAUACCGUUGUGCUUCGUGUCGGGAAUAGCACUGCACAGUGCCAACGGUUCCACGUGGCGCGACACGGUGAAAGUGAAAGUACAAAAUUCGGGCUUUUUCCUCAUUGGCUGCACCGCCUUACAUAUGCAACGAAAUUGCAUUGCACUUUUAUUUCCCGGGGAAAGAAAAAAAGAAAAGAGAGUUCCUUCCGCCGUGUGCGUUCCUCCCUCCCUUCCUCCCCCGUCGUCGUUUAUCAUACGUUUACCGCGACCAUUUAUGACGCAGAGUUACACCGCGUAACUAAUGCAAUUCGAUGUUAAUUUGAUGUUAAUUAAAUUGGUCUACAUAAUUUGUACAUAAUUAAUUGAGAUAAGCGAGUUUCUAUUAUCAUUGUGCAUGCAUUAUUCACAAGAAGCAUCGAAUUUCAGGCGAUUCGUCUGCCACUGUAAACAAUGUGUAGGUAUAAAUAUGUAUUAUAUGUAUAUAUCUAUGGGCACGUGCUCUCGGCACACAUAGCUGAAAGUGUUUGCGCUGCGCUUGACCCCGUUGCACAAAAUUGCGGAAGGCAAAUAACCAGUUGCGAUCGGCUCUUGUCUCUCGAGGCGGAGUGCGUGUAACGAAAUCGAUGACCGGGCAGGUUUCGGACGAAAGUAACGAUCCAAUCCGUCAGUCCGCCUGCGAAGAUCUCGCCUGACAGAAAUACGAGGGUACCGUAAUUUUCUCGAGGCCGGGAACACGAAACACUUUUCGUGUUUGAAAGCACCGAGCGAUCGCGCCGGGCCACUCUCGGUUCUCGAUCUCGGCGCGACGCGAUACGAUUUCGAGCGCACACACGUACGUCCGCGAGGAGGAGGAUGGAUCGUGGAUUUUCCAGCUUCCACUCUGUCUGCGUAUCAUCCCCCACUAUGUAGCCGGGGCCUCAUCCGACUUACCUGGAAACCACGCCUCGAGUCCUGUGCCCACUUGGACUUGGAGGUGGUCGUGUUUUUGGGCAGCUCGGGCCGCGCGACGCGACGCGACGCACGCACAUUGUCACUCGCGCGAACGCACUCGAGUGGGUCCCGUCCGAUCGCGCGGAACACUGCCGCCGCCGUGUCUUUUCCUGGGCCCCGUACGGAACGUUCGCAUCGUCUCUCCCUCGCCGAUUUUUACCUGCCUGUACGGAUCCGAUCAGGCCGAGCACGUGCACUCGAGAGAAAAUGAUCACCAGGCAUCGGCGAAACAAUAUCCUGCUCGUAAUAUUAUACUUCUGCACCCAGGUGAGAUUACUCUUUUUAAGAGCAUAAUAACACGAGCGAAAUUAUGAUUAUUAACAGGACUAUUAACUCGCGCUCUCUCGAUCCGCACAUACGAUCGUAUAUUUAUAUUGAAUUUACGUUUUAAGGAAGUCUCCGCGAGACCUCGGCUUUUUUUGCCACUGGCAUCGAAAGUCCGACCGUGCCAACUCGUUUUUUUUUUUUUUUUUUUUUUUAUGCUCCUUAAGUGCGCCCAAUAGCCUCGGACAAUUCGCCAUUUCACAGCACUUUCCCGCAGACGCGCGCCCUUAAUACCUCACGCACGCGAGUAAAAGUUAACGAGGCCGUCCAUUUAAUGGCAUCGCAUGUGCGGCACGAUCGAAGAGAGGCGCGGACUAACAGCUUCAUUUUUUUUUUCUUUCUUUCUUUCUUUAACACGACAUAUUUUUGUUACCUCUCUCGCUCUCAAACCCUACCUACCUUUGUCGCGAACCUUUGAAAAGGUGCUCGACGUGAUCCACGGCCAUGGAAGAUUAAUGGAUCCGCCGUCCAGGAACGCGAUGUGGAGGUUCGGCUACCCAAAUCCCGUCAAUUAUAAUGACAACGAGCUCUUCUGCGGUGGAUACGCAGUGCAUUGGCAGCAGAAUAAAGGCAAGUGCGGCGUUUGCGGAGACGCGUAUCAUUUAAGUCAGCCGCGUCCGCACGAGGCCGGUGGCGAGUACGCGAACGGGAUCGUCGUUCGACACUACACCGUGGGGCAGGAAAUCGAGGUGGAGGUCGAGCUUACCGCCAAUCACGGAGGAAGAUUCGAGCUGUACGUCUGCCCUAACAACGAUCCGUCGAGCGCGGCGACUCAGGAGUGCUUCGAUUCCUAUCCACUGUACGUGUCCGGCACGCGGGACGUUCGUUUCGAGAUUCCGCGAGACACGGGAAAGAAGGGCAUCAUUAGGUACACGGUAACGUUACCACCGUUUUUAACGUGCUCGCAAUGCGUCGUCCAGUGGAACUAUUACACCGGUAACAUGUGGGGCACGUGUGAAAACGGUACGGAAGCGGUCGGAUGCGGCAGGCCGGAAACCUUCCGCAACUGCGCCGACGUGAGCAUUGUGACCAGCACCGGUGGGAUACCGCCGCGGUUUCUGUAUCAGAAUAUCAUUUACGAGUUGUACUCCGUAGCACCGAAAUACUCGACCGCGCCGCUUGCGCGACCACUGAGGGUUCAAGUGUGCGAGCCAACCGCGGCCUAUCGAUACAGGCAGAAUAUGACCAAUUGGUGUCAAGUGAAUUGCAUUCGCGUCCCGUCCAACUGUCCGCCUGGCGUCUGCCAUUGUCUGAACACCUGCGACGCCAUCGGGGAGAUCGCUGACAAACCUGGAGCGGACCAAUACUGCCUCCGAAGCUGCAUGCGUUAUCCGUCGAAUUGCCCGGCUGAUCGCUGCAACUGUUAUUGAAACUGUAAACUGUGACCGGUAUUUGACACUUGACGCGCAGCGUCAAAUGCGAAUAUGCAUAAUCAUCGUCGAAUUAAUAAAAGUCUGUACUACGUGACACACGUAGUAAUUUUCCAGCUUACGCGUGAUACUACGGAAAAGUUUCUCUAAUAGAGAAUAUUUUUCUUACCUUU